AUGCAAGCGCUCGGCAACGAGCUAGGCGCCAGCGGCGGUGGUGGUUGCCAUCACAGCCCUCCAAACCCGGCGGUGGCGAAGGAGGCGGGCGAGGUGGUAUCACGCGAGGAAGGCGAGGCGAUUUAUCGCGCGACGCUCGAGUCGCUGUUGGCGUCCACCGGGUGGACGCCGCGCGCCGCGGAGGAGAUGGCGCGCGAGGAGCAGCGUGCGCAUGUUCGGCAGAUGCGCUGGGCAAGGGAGCACGGCCGGGGGGAGCCGGUCCGGUGCUUUGACGCGGAGGAGUACGACGAAGGCGACGACGCUUUCGACGCGCUCUUCGACGGGGGCUCGGGGUACGGGUGGGAUUCCCCCUCGGGGGGCGGCGCUUUCUUCUAG